AUGAGCACAAGCCAUGAGCUGAGCAUUGACAUUGCUCUUAGUCCAACCACCGGCAGGAAUAUUGCUGUAAAUCAGAGCGGCGGCGGCGAGAUCCACACGGGGUGGCUGCGCGAGCUCACAUCGGCGUCACGUAGCUCGGCCGUCCUGAACGAGCUCAUCGGCCGUACGCCGAUGCUGUGGUUCCUCGGCGAGCGCGCGGCCACCAUCCUCCGGCCGCGCACCCGGCGCGCCAACGUGAAGGCGCUACACACGGUGCGCGCUGUGGCCAUUGGCCCGUACCACCGCGGCGACCGAGGCCUCGCCUUUGACGACGAGGCCAAGCUGCCGUUCCUGCGGUGCCUGCAGGACCGGUGCGGGCUAGACGUCGAGCAGUACGUCGCGGCGCUCGGGGCGGCGCGCGGCAGCUUUCGCGACGAGUUCGCCGACGACGAGGAUUCGGUCGCCGCGGAUUGGCUCCUGGACGAGGAGAAGUUCGUGAAGAUGCUCCUCCUCGACAGCAGCUUCGUCCUCGUCUUCAGCAUCAUGUUCAGCAAGGCCGGCAGCGGGGAGGAACGGGCGGCGGUGCCCGUUACCAGGGAGCACUUCAUACUGUACACGGCCGUGUCGCAGUACGCCGACGAGAUCAUGCUCGACCUGCUCGUGCUGGAAAAUCAGAUCCCCUUCGCCGUCGUCAAGCUGCUCGCAGCCUCGUGCUGCGGUCUGAAGCUACGCUCAGUCGAGGAGCUGGUGCUUGGCUGCUUCGACGGCAUCUGUCCGAGGAGGUCGCGCGGGAAGGUCAUCGACUUGCCGCUCCAGCAAACGACGGACGCGAAAUUCUAUCACAUCCUGCACCUCUUCCACUGGUCGCGCGUGCCGGAGAACAAGUACCGCGUCCUCUCCACGCCAUUAAAGCUUCUUGAGGCCAAGGAGGAGUCGGAGUGGCUCAUCCCUUGCGCCAGGGAGCUGCAGCGGUCGGCAGUGUGGUUCAGGAAGGCCAAGCUGGACGCGAGGGAGAGGCACGGCGGCGACCUCGACAUGCAGUUCUGGAGCACGGCGGCGAGCCCGGUGGCGGUGAUGACCAUCCCGAGCUUCCACAUCCUCGCCUACACCGCGGCGUUGCUCCACAACAUGGUGGCUUUCGAGAAGCACUUCCAACGGGCGCACGGCGUCUGCGUGACGGCGCACGUGGCGCGCAUGGAGGGCCUCAUACGGUGCCCGCAGGACGCGGCGCUGCUUCGCCGCCGGUGGGCACUCGGUAGCGUAAAGUACACCGACGAGGAGGUGGUGGAUUUCUUCCGUGGCAUCGUCGCGGAGGCGGCCGGGGUGCGCAUGCCUCAAGAGUACGGCGAGAUGCUCAGCGCGGUGGCGCGGCACAGGAGGAGGCGGUCAAGCAGGUGGUACGGAGACUUCAUACUGCACUUCUUCCCUUCUCCAUGGGUGGCCGUCUCGCUCGCCGUAGUGGCUGCGCUGAUCAUUGUGCCGGCGAUGCUGCAGACGGCCUACGCCAUUCUGAGUUACCAAAAGUAGAUGAUCCGGAAUUGCGUCGAGUAAGCUCAUCACAUUGGCUGAUAUUUGUGUACUGGCUAUUGUAUCAGUUCAAAUUUACAUGA